AUGAACCGUAGCCACCGGCACGGGGCGAGCAGCGGCUACCUGGGCACCAUGGAGGUGAAGAGCAAGUUUGGAGCAGAGUUUCGCCGGUUUUCAUUGGAAAGAUCAAAACCUGGAAAGUUUGAGGAGUUUUACGGCUUAGUGCAGCAUGUCCACAAGAUUCCCAAUGUUGAGGUUCUGGUGGGCUACGCAGACAUCCACGGAGACCUGCUGCCCAUAAACAACGACGACGACGACAAUUAUCACAAGGCGGUUUCCACGGCCAGCCCACUGCUUAGGAUUUUUAUACAAAAGAAGGAAGAGGCCGACUACAGUGCGUUUGGUACUGACACGCUCAUCAAGAAGAAGACUGUGCUAGGCAAUGUGUUACGCCCAGACAACCAUAGGAAGAAGCCUCACAUCGUCAUCAGCAUGCCCCAAGACUUCAGGCCCGUGUCUUCCAUCAUAGACGUGGAUAUUCUGCCCGAAACCCACCGCAGAGUCCGUCUGUACAAGUAUGGCACCGAGAAGCCUCUGGGGUUCUACAUCCGGGAUGGCUCCAGUGUCAGGGUGACCCCACACGGCUUGGAGAAAGUCCCAGGGAUCUUUAUAUCCAGGCUUGUCCCAGGAGGUCUGGCUCAAAGCACAGGACUGCUAGCUGUUAAUGAUGAGGUUUUAGAAGUGAAUGGCAUCGAAGUUUCUGGAAAGAGCCUAGAUCAAGUGACAGACAUGAUGAUUGCCAACAGCCGCAACCUCAUCAUCACGGUGAGGCCAGCCAACCAGAGGAACAACGUUGUUAGGAACAGUCGGACUUCCGGCAGCUCUGGUCAGCCUACCGAUAACAGCCUUGUUAGCUACCCGCAGCAGGCAGAGCCAAGCUUUGAGCCCGAUGACCAAGACAGUGACGAAGAUGACAUCAUUAUUGAAGACAGUGGGGUACGGCAGCAGAUCCCCAAAGCUGUGUCCGAUGCCCAGAGCCUGGAGUCCUUGACACAGAUUGAACUCAGCUUUGAGUCUGGACAGAACGGUUUUCUCUCCUCCGCUGAGGCGAGCCCUGCUCCCGCGGCUGGCCGCGCCAGCCCGGAGUCUGAAAGGCGUGCUCCAGAGCAAAAGCUCUUAGAGGAAGAUGGGACCAUCAUCACUCUAUGAACCUUGUGUGGAUGUUUCCUGAGUGAGGGUGCCAUGGGGACCUACCUGGACGUUGGGCUCAUAAUUAAAGCUAUAUACCUCUGACUCAAAGCUGGGAGUAGGCAUGAGAAAGAUCCUCACGCUGACACAUUGCUGGGAAGUACGAAGCAGCUCAGAGUGCGUGGGCGUGCGCAUAGGGCCUCUGCUACUUUUUCUCUGAAAGGUGGAUGCCAGGCCCCAUGCUGAAAGUUCUUUGGAAGUGGUUGCAUAUUAACC